CCUCUUUCCUUAGCACAGUGUGUUUCUGACUUCUACGCCUCGGCGUUAGUAUCCAGGAAGAGUCUGGACUGGAGGAAGAAGAAAGAAGAGAUUUUGAGUUUAGGGUUUUGUUAGUGUUGUUGAUUCGACUUAAGCUGCUAUCAAUGGCUUCCGUGUUGCUAUUGCUUCUGGUGUUCGUGUUUGAUCUCUUAGCUUUUGGUCUUGCUGUUGCUGCAGAGCAGCGUAGAACCACCUGGCAAGUUUCUAGAGAGUCAAGAGCUUUAAGCUACUGUGUGUAUGAUAAGGAUAUAGCAACAGGUCUCGGAGUUGGUUCUUUCUUGAUCUUAUUGGCGAGUCAGCUCUUAAUCAUGGUGGCCAGCAGAUGUUUAUGCUGUGGAAGAGCCUUGACACCAAGUAGAUCUAGAUCUUGGGCAGUGUUUCUCUUCAUCACCACCUGGGUUUUCUUCUUCAUAGCAGAAGUGUGUUUACUUGCUGGCUCUGUAAGAAACGCUUACCAUACAAAGUACCGUGUCUACUUUGGGAACACUUCUCCUUCUUGUCGAUCACUGAGGAAAGGUGUGUUUGGGGCUGGAGCAGCAUUCAUAGUGCUCACAGGGAUUGUCUCCGAGCUUUACUAUGUGACCCUUUCGAGGGCCAAAGACUUUCAGCCUCCUAGAGAUCCCGGUAUCCGAAUGAGUAGCCUGUAGUCUGUAGAACUUACCAGUUACCACCUGCUUUAGAAUUAGAAUAUUUUUUUUGUUAGGAUCAUUGUUAUUAUCAUCUUAGACCAUUGUUAGAAUUAGAAAUUUGGUUGAUUCAGAAUUAGGCCAUUGUUGUUGUGCUGUUAUUGUCUGAAUCAAUGUGUUCUUGUUUUGUAUAUGAGACAUACAUUCAAGUUCUAAGCUUAUGUAAAUUAUGUCUCUUUAGUAUUUA